AUGCAUUUUAAAAAAUAUUUAGCUAUUUUUGUAAUAUUUGCAAUCUUUGCAAUUCAAUUUACUGUACAAAGUUUUGAAAAUGAUGUUUCUACAAGCAAUGGAUCAAAUGAAGAAGAAACUAAUUUUAUACAAGAGAAAUCAGCAUCAAGUUCUUCUGAAGAAAAAAAAGUAAUUGAGCCACCCCAAGAAUCUGAAAAUGAUGAAGAAACAACCGUUGCUACUAGUAUAAAAGAAAAAUCAACAAAAAAACCAAAUAGUUUAAAAUCUAGAGUGAUCAAAUUAAAAGAUAGUGCUAAAAAUAAACUCGAUAAAGUAGGUGAAAAGUUUAAAGUUAAAUUACAAGAAACGGGAGAAAAAAUGAAAGAAGUUGGAGGAAAAAUAAAGGAUAAAACUGUAGGUUCAAAUACUGGAAAGAAAGUUAUGUCAUUUGGCAAAACUGUUAAAAGUGGCAUGAAACAUUUUGGAUUAGGUAUUAAAAACAAAUUAUCUAAACUUUUUUAA